AACAGCCGCCCUGCGCUCGACACCCGGUCAGUCCCCUCCUUAUCCCAUGAUCACCGAAUUGCCUUAUCGAGAGCAUGAUACUGCUGUACUGCAUUGACAUCAUGCCCAUUGUCUACGAGGCCUUGGUGACUGUCGCAUAAUAUGUCCGCGGAUUUCUUCAUUGUUAGUUGCACUCAAUUGAAAUCCAUCCUCCUGCCAUCGAGAACCUCAUUGAUCUCUCAACUAUCGCAUACACCCCAGUCGGAUUGCCAGACACCAUAUUUGCCCAACAAAAUGUCUGAAAGCUUUGUCAAGACCUUACAAGACCUCACAUUUCACCCUUACUCCUCUGCUCCCGUGGCCACCACCCUUCAACAUGAUCACCUUAAAAUUCAAGCUCCCAAGCUGGUCGACUGGUGGCGCAAUCCUGAACCGGUAAAGGUUAAUCGCAAGGAUGGCCCUUUCGCUCAUAUAGCCAUCGACGGCUCUAGACCUUUUCAAGUUGAAAUCUGGUUGAGGUCGGGUUUGAAGGGAUUGUAUGACCAGGCAUGCCUUGUUCUUCACGGUGGAGACCUUGCCGAUACAAGUGCCCACUGGUUGAAGACUGGUACUGAGACGUUCGAUGAGCGGCAAUGGAUAAACGCAGUCGUUGCGGCCCCAUGGUGCGAUGUGUCAGCCGUCCCAUCCGACAGAGAGUUGUCUUCUGAGGCCGGCGGUGACUGGAUUUACCUCAGGCUGGUCAAGGAACUCUCAAUCACUGGUCAUACCAUACUCAUCAAAUGGGCUCGACAGUCUAUCGUUGACACUGACAAUCCUCCCACAGAGGAUGAAUUGGCCAACUUACGGGAAGUGCAAGCUUUCGGGGUGAAAGAGAAUGGGGAGAGGUCGCAUGACUUUAACUGGUCCAUUGGAGUGAUGGUAUCGGGCUUGAUGAAUGAUGAAGGGGCUUUUGCUGAGUUCAAGGGGUUUAAAUUCAAGUAUCUAGACUAGGAUGAUCAGA